UCCAUAUUGACGUCCUCCACAUGCAUCUCCCGACUAUAACUAUGGAAAUUUGGGAUUCGCCGUGACACGGUAAUCGCUGCGCCCUAUACCGCAUUCUCCUCCCCUACCACCGCACUCACACGCCCAGCCGCUGCCUCUACUGCGCCUUUCACAUUCACAUAGCCUGGCAUGAACCCGCACAUAUCCCUCCCACGGCCCACGGGCGGGCCCUCCAACUUUGGCUCCAUGCCCUCGUCCCGGCGCAAUGAAAUCAAGAUGCCGCGCUUCUUCAAGCGCAUGUUCAAGUUCCCCCAGAUGGACUUUGAGAUGGCCGCAUGGGAGAUCAUGAGCCUGAUAAUAGCGCCCAAGAAGGUGUUUCGCCAGAUAUUCUACCACAAACAAACAACAAAGACAUACCACCGACCCGACCCAUCCUUCACAUACCUGCUCUCCUUCUUCCUUACUCUCACGUCCCUCGCCUGGGGUUUCGCAUACGCCGAUGGUUUCACACAGACCCUCCACAUAAUGCUCGUUUUUAUUUUUGGACACUUCCUGCUGCUCUCGCUUGUUGUAGCCACUCUGUUCUUCUUCCUUGUAGGCCGAUUACUGGGUCCAGACAACACGCUGCUGCCAGGCCGACGAAGAGGCCUAUAUAACCUUGGCGAAGAUUCUGGCAAGGAAGAGCUGGAGUUUGGCUACUGCUGGGAUGUGGCUAUCAGGGCUUUCGUGCCAGUUUGGGUCUUUCUCUAUGUUGUGCAGUUUAUCUGCAUGCCUCUAGUAGGAACGCAGCACUGGUUCUCACUCCUCCUAUCCAACACGCUCUAUCUACUCGCGUUGAACUACUACUUCAUUAUUACCUUCCUGGGCUACAAGGAGCUGCCCUUCCUACACCACACAGAGCUGCUGCUAGUACCAGUUGCCGUCAUGGCCAUACUCUGGUUCGCAUCUCUCUUUGGUUUCAACAUGUCAACACACUUUGCUCCAGUUUUAUGGACAGGAGCAAAGUUGCGCAAGCAUGUUUGAUUACUACUAGAUGUAAAAGCAGAUAGAUCAGGAAUGGAGAAGCAACCCAGACGCAUUUGAGGCGCGACAACCUUGCAUCUCCAGAAUUCGCAUCUUUUUUAGGCGUUGGGCAUUGACCAGUUUCCACCACUACCGACGUUUAGGAGCGCAACUUAUCGUGGCAUUUUCAGCGAGGUAGAUGAAUGCAAUUUGUACAAUC